AUGGGUCUCUUUGCCCCUGAUCGUUCCCAGCCGCACCGUUGGCGACGGCCACACAGGCACGACCUCCCCGACAGAGUCGCCCUGCUGAUGCCGCACCGCACUCACCUCCCGCCGCUCCGCGCGUUCCAGUUCCCGCUCGCCACCCACCUCCGUCACACUUGCUCUCCUUCCCCGCCACCACCUUGCCUCUCGCCAGCUCCCGUACCCCGAUGGCCGACGCCGCUUCGCGCCCGCGCGUUCGGCGAAUCCAUUCGCGGAGGCGCCGAGCCCCCUGGCUCCACCCUCGACGCGCUCCUCUCUGGCGCGGAGUUGCUCUGCCUCGCGCCGCCCGCCAUCUGCUCUGCGGUUUGCGCUGUCCGCCUUAUCGUCACGCGGGGCGGCUCAGUCAAGCCAUUCGCUGCUCUAGCGAGUGGGAGGAUGUUCGUCUUGCAGUACGUUCUCUUGGUGGGGGCGGUGGCGGUCGGGGUGCUGGUCCGGCGGAAGCAAUGGGAGCGACUUUGCCGGGUGGGCGCGGGCGGCAGCGCAUCGGCCACAGGUGGUGUGGAUUUGGUGGGGAGGGUCGAGAAGGUGGAGGAGAGCGUGCGGGGUGUGUUGGCGGCCGUUGUAGUGCUGUCGAGAACAGUGGAGAAGCUCGGCGUCAGGUUUAGGGUGCUGCGGAGGACGGUGACGGAUCCUAUCAGUGAGACAGCAACAUUAGCUGAAAAGAAUUCAGAAGCCACUCGAAUACUAGCAGCGCAAGGAAAUCUUCUCGAGAAAGAAAUUGGUUCGAUACAAAAGGUUCUGUACGCGAUGCAGGAACAACAAGAAAAGCAACUUGAGCUAAUCCUUGCAAUUGGGGAAGCAAGUAGGAUAUUAGAUGACAAGCAGGACUUAGGCCAGGAAACUGCUAUAUCUUCCAGUUCAGCUCCAGAUUAUGCAAAUAUAAGGGACCCGAAUAUCCAUGGAACAUCAGAUUUUUAG